AUACCUGAAAUUACACUUUACAUUUAGUUAACUAUUAUGAACAUGGGAGGAGGAGUAGAUUAUAAUAACUCAACUACUGAAACUCAUGAAAAAACAGAAGCUUCAAUUUCUUCCGAAGUGAAGGAAACUGUUGAUAUACAUAGUGGUUCAGAGAAGGAAGAGACAAAGGAAACCCCUAUCGAAAAUACUAAUACUAUUACAGAACCACAAAAUGUAAGUACAACUGCCGAAACUGCCCCCGUAAGCAGUCCGUCCAAUGAAACUUCAGAUACUACCGAAGGGAAGACAACCGCAAAUGCUGCACAGGAAGCUCAAAUUACUUCCCAACAGAAUUGGGAAUAUGAGCAAUCUAUUAAAAAAGAAGUUGAAAAAACACCGCUUGUUUGCUUGACAGAGGACAUUCAAAAGUUAUACCAAGAAUAUGAACAGGGCAGCGAAGUAUAUCGGCAAAAAAUUAUGAAAUUGGCAGAGAGACAUAGUAAGAUAAGACGUUGUCGUGGGGAUGGUAACUGCUUUUAUAGGGCUUUUGGAUUUGCAUGGUUCGAACGACUUAUGGAUUCUAAAGACAAUAAUUUACGUCAAUCCGCGCUAAAAUCUUUGGCUGAUACGAUUCCGCUUUUUAAGGAAGCUGGGUACCAAGAAUUGGUUUAUCAAGAUAUUUAUGAGGAACAUAUUGAAAAGCAGAUGAAAAUUGUUGCGAACGGAGAAUACGACGAAGAUAUGUUAUUAACAAUUUUUCAAACCGAUGAAAUUUCUAACUGUAUUGUCUUUUAUCUUCGUUUAAUUACUGCGGCAUAUUUAAAAUUACAUCGUGAAGAAUAUGAACCUUUUUUAGGAUUUGAAUUUGGAAUGGAUCAAUUUUGUAGUAGUUCUGUAGAGGCCAUGGAUCAAGAAGCUGAUCAUAUUCAUGUUAUGGCAUUGACUAAAGCUUUAAAAGUUCCUGUUGAAAUUGCGUAUAUGAGUGGAUCCGAUGCGAUGGAACAAGUUAAUUUUCAUGAGUUUUAUCCUGAUGAUGAAGGGUCGAAAGGAACUGUUACUUUAAAACCUUUGGUGUUAUUAUAUCGACCUGGACAUUACGAUAUUCUUUAUCGAAGAGAAUAGCAAUUCCUUAAAAAAAAAUAGGAUGUGACUGUAAAAAUGUAUUUACUAUAUUAUUAAUUCAAUUAAUCACCACUUAUAAUAUUAUUUAUUCCAAUGUACAAAAUUUCAUUAAGGUUAUUACGUUCUCUUAGUUCUCUUAUUAAUUUAUAUUGUCAUGUUCUUCCAAAAACUUCAUUAUUUUUUUUUCCUUCGUAAAGUGGUAAUACAACUCAAAUAAAAAUUAAUCCACUAAUAACCCUUUAUAUCACAUCAAUAAUCAAAAUAUAUUCUUUAUUUAUUAUAUUUAUUUAAAAAAAAAAAUUAUUCACCAAUAACAAACAAUUUAGGCGAUUGAUUAGUUAUAAAUUAAUCACAUAUCGGAG